AUGAACUUUCUCCUGCACCAGCAACGAAGUCCCGGCGCGGUGGUUCCAAUCCCGGAGGACCUCCGUGGCCUAAUGGAGGACAUGAGCCAUGAGGUGCUGCGAGCCCAGCCGAAGAAAGUGAUCCACUUCCUGGCGGAUUACCUCGAAGAGAAGCUGGUCCGGCGUGAGAAUCGCCGCCUAGCGGAACGUGUCGUCGACAACGUACUGGACCACAGUGUCGAGAUCGUCGCCAUGCUGGAAGCGGUCGGUUUUGACGCGGACCGUGCCGAGCUUGCGGUGAAACGUAUCCGGCAAGAGUUUCACCGUCACUUUGAAACACGAACCGAUGACGAACGGCUACGGGAGGCGUUUCGCGAACGUGAAGUCCUUGAUCGGCUGAUCAAGGAGUGCCACUUCAGCGAAACGGAAGCACGCCAAGCAUCGGCCAUUAUCGAGCAAGCCUAUCGGACGUUCUACUUCCGGAACGCUUAUCGAGAUCCACAUGCACCGGACGGUGGUGCAAACGAUUGGCGUCAGGCAGCGAAGCACUCUCUGGCGAUCUUCGCCGAGACAGGACCCACCCGGGAAGAGAUGGAAACCGCCGCCAUCAGGAUUCAAGCCGCGUACCGUGGUUACUACACCCGCAAACGGCAGGAGCUGGACCGGAAAGCCACCAUCAUACAGCGGGCGUUCCGUAGACACCAACAUUUGAAGGAAGUCAGUUCCGAAAUUCUGGCGUACGAAGUCCUGCAACCGGUAACUUCCGCAUCCGAGCUUAGUUACUCACCCAGUGACGAUGUUCGCCGUUUGGUCAAUGUGGCCGUCAGCCGGGCACUGUCAGCCGGUGAGAGACCCCCAGAAACCCCCAAUAUGAAGCAAGCGGCCACGCUAAUACAAUCGGUCUAUCGCGGACAUCGACAACGAGUUCAACGGGGCUUGGGGCCAAAACCACAACCCGGACCGGAUCUCGAAGCCGCAGCCACUCUGCUUCAGUCGGUGAUCCGAGGACAUCAGACGCGCAAGAAGGCGAAAACCUACGACGCGAUGGCCACACUGCUGCAGUCACACGCUCGCGGGUAUCUGGCACGCAAGCGGUUCCCGCACAGCACACUACCCGCUGACAACUCCUAG